UCAUAUGCUUCUUCUACACCACCGACUCCAUUCAUCUCUCUAUUUUCCAUUCCAUCUAAAACUCAGAUGCUCCAAUAUGCAUACACAAUCCUUCCCUCCGGCUUCUUCCUUGUGGCGGGUUUUGAUUUGUCGACGUGAAAGAAAGGGCGAAGGACAAACCGAUGUUAUUACAUUGGAAUGAAGUCCUUCACUAUACCAUUGUUUCCAUCGCCACCGUUGGCCAAUCCGGCACGUUGGCCUACGCAGCAACGACGACCGAAGACGGCGACCGGAGUUUAAUCUCUGCAGUCAUCUUCCAUCGAACUGCAGCCUUCUAUUUAGGGCUCGAGUUGUUCCGACAACAUAGAAGUGUUGAUUUAGGCUUCGACCUAAACAACACCGUCGAUUUGCGCCUUGCAGAUCGGUGUUAUCGCCUGAAUAGAAGAGACAAGCGACGUGGGUCUGCUGGUGACUAUACAAUUUCAGAGAUCUCAUCACAAAAUCACACACCUUCUUGCUAA